CUCCAGGGAAUGUCCCCUACACAGCGAGACACGGUCGCCCCGGGCGACCCUGCAGCCAAUCACGUGUUGCUCUGUGGUGUCGCCGGUCACAACAGAUCGUGCGGCACAACCACUGGAACACCGCCGUACGGUCCUGUGAUCCGGGGGGGAAGUUUACGUGUCAUAAUACAAGUGUAUUUAAUGACAACGUGUUGUUGCAGUGAUAAUAUUUUCACAAAUAUAUUUUAUUUAGUUUUACUGUAAUGCCCCUUAUGUUGCGAUAAAUGCUGUUGCUCAGCGUAAAUGUAGGAAAAUAUCGGGUUAGCCGCCUGAGGCUUAGAGCGAAAACGCCGGAUUCAACUCCUCUCCAUCUGGACUGAAGACCGUAAGUUCUUUAGUUGAAUCGGGUGAAUUCAGUGAUCGCAAAGGAAGUGAGUAGGAUUUUACCGCACAUACCUCAAAUUCUGGACAAAGCAAACGUGGAGUCAGUGUUAUUUUCUGGAAGUUUUUUGGAAGUUAUUUUCAACAAAUAAUGAAUUAUUAUUCUGUGGUGUAAAACUGCAAAUCUCAGUGGCACAAUGCUGCCCCCUGCAGGAAGAGCAAAGUACAAGUUUCUUACACACUGACCCUUCAGUUACACUGGGAAUCUCAGGAUAUGAUCUCACUGCAUAUUCUUCAGAAAUUAAGGAACUUCUAAAGAUAGAGAAACAAAAACAGAUUGAGAAGCAGACAUUUAAAGAGAUGUAUUAAGUUUACCUGCAGUUACAGCAGUAAGUAAGAGUGAAACUAAACUACAGGUUUGGCAGAAGCCAUUACUGAGCUCAGAACAGACGGAGACAGAAUGGCGUCUGGAUCUCCUUCUCUCCUGGAAGAGGAGCUCUCCUGUCCUGUGUGCUCUGAAAUCUUCAGGGAUCCUGUUGUCCUGAGUUGCAGUCACAGCUUCUGUAAGGCCUGUCUGCAGCAGUACUGGGAUCAGAAGGGAUCUCUGGAGUGCCCAGUUUGCAGGAGAAGAUCUUCAAAAGAUCAUCCUCUCAUUAACCUGUCUCUGAGGAAUACCUGUGAGGUGUUCUUAAAGGAGAGAAGUCAGAGAGCUAAAGCAGGAUCUGAAGUGUUCUGCAGUCUGCACAGUGAGAAACUCAAACUCUUCUGUUUGAAGGAUCAAAUACCCAUCUGUGUUAUCUGUCAAACUUCCAAAAAACAUGAAAACCACAAAAUGCGACCAGUUCAGGAGGCUGCAGAAGAAUAUAAGGAGAAACUCAGGACUGCACUGGCUCCACUGCAGGAGAAGCUAAAAGCCUUUAAUGCAGUGAAGCUAAUCUGUGAUCAAACAGCAGAGCACAUCAAGAGCCAGACCCAGCACACAGAGAGACAGAUAAAGAUGGAGUUUGAGAAACUUCAGCAGUUCCUAAAAGAUGAAGAGGCAGCCAGGAUCACUGCACUGAGGGAGGAAGAGGAGCAGAAGAGUCAGAAGAUGAAGGAGAAGAUAGAGAAGAUGACAGAAGAGAUAUCAUCCCUUUCAGAACAGAUCAGAGCCUUAGAACAGGAGCUGGGAGCUGAAUUCCUCCAGCUGCAGCUGCAACAGCUUCUGUUGGAGUUCUUUUUGUUGGUCAUCUUGUUUCUUUUCCUCUUUGUGGUACUUCUCCACCGCGUGGACCACUUGUUCAUCUCUCCGGGAGCCGCCUCGCCCACGGGCCUCCUGGUGCAGCCGCCUCGCCCACAGGCCUCCUGGUUCAGCCGCCUCGCCCACAGGCCUCCUGGUUCAGCCGCCUCGCCCACGGGCCUCCUGGUUCAGCCGCCUCGCCCACAGGCCUCCUGGUUCAGCCGCCUCGCCCAGGGGCCUCCUGGUUCAGCCUCCUCGCCCAGGGGCCUCCUGGUGCAGCCGCCUCGCCCAGGGGCCUCCUGGUUCAGCCGCCUCGCCCACAGGCCUCCUGGUUCAGCCGCCUCGCCCAGGGGCCUCCUGGUUCAGCCUCCUCGCCCAGGGGCCUCCUGGUUCAGCCUCCUCGCCCACGGGCCUCCUGGUUCAGCCGCCUCGCCCACGGGCCUCCUGGUUCAGCCUCCUCGCCCAGGGGCCUCCUGGUUCAGCUGCCUCGCCCAGGGGCCUCCUGGUUCAGCCGCCUCGCCCAGGGGCCUCCUGGUGCAGCCACCUCUGCAGUCGGACGGGUCCUGA